AUGCAAAAGUUUGGAGUUCAAACUGAGAAGGGAAAGGUGAUCUACUGUUGGAAGAAUGCUGAUAAGUAUCAGGUGGAGGGUGUCAGAAUAGUUGUCCAUGGAACAAAGUAUAAGAACUUGGAUCAACUCAAGGUUGAACUAAACAAAAAGGUCGGAUUGUACACUGGUGCAGUGCAGAGGAUCUACUCGGCACCUGACAAGAAGCAGAUAAAGACAUUGGAGGACUUUGAGGAUCAACAGAACUAUGUAUGCUGUGGUGCCGAGAAGUUGAGUGAAGAUGUCUAUGCAAAGGGACUAGUCGGUAUAUUUGGUGUUGGAUCUUCAAAGCCAGCAACAGCAACAGCAACAACCUCGACUACAACUACAACCACCGCAGUACCCUCUGUCGAUAGCACUGCACAGCCAGAGAAAACACCUGUCAUUACAGAGAGCAUCAAGGCUGAUGAAACAACAACUACCAGCACAACUAGUACUGGCGAGACAGACGCAUCAAAAACAUCAAUGUCUAGACGAACACCAAGCCCAAACUCAAAGAAGCCUGUUGUGUCCAGUUACACGGACGGCGUGCCACAGCCCUUUAAGAUCGGUACAGAAAAGGCCAAGGUGAUACGAGCCUUUAGGAACUCUGACAAGGUCCAUGGUGGUGAGCGCAUCACCAUCCACGCCACCAAGUUCAAGACCUACGACCAGCUGAAGGAGCACCUAUCCAGCAAGGUCUGUCUUGUGACUGGUCCAGUCAGGAAGGUCUUCUCAUUCGAUGGCAAGCAAGUCAAGACAAUGGAUGACUUUAUGGAUGGACAGAACUACAUAUGUUGUGGAGGUGAACCUGUAAAUCUAGAGAUAAAUAGAUAUAAGAGUGACAUGGACUCCAAGCAGCGUUGCACAAGACAGGUAUGGCCUGUUAUUAUUAUUGUGUUGUAG